AUGCAAGGCACAGAUCAUCCUUCGCAUGAACGAUGGCCACGAUACACAGAGCAACACAAGGGUAUCCAUCCACCCAGCUCGCAGGCCUACGAUGAUGACGGCAUCGAAACAACGAGAUAG